AUGGUUGCUGACAGGACGAGCAGGAUCAGUUUAUUUAUAUCUGGGUUGUCGCUUGUCAGGAUAUCCAAGAGGGUGUACACGGUAGCUUAUGAGUUGGAGAUGCCUUCAGAAUUAGCAGAAGUUCAUCUGGUGUUCCAUGUAUCCAUGUUAAAGAAGUUAUUGAGUGAUCUUUCACUCAUUGUACCUACUGAGAAUAAUGGUAUCAAGGACAACCUAUCUUAUGAGAAGGUUCCCGUUCAGAUUCUUGAUCGUCAGAUUCACAAAUUGAGAACCAAAGAGGUUGCAUCAGCCAAGUUCUUAAGGAAGAAUCAAUAUGUUGAGGAAGCUACUUGGGAGGCUGAGGAAGAUAUGAAGAGGAGACACCCACAUCUCUUUCGUUCCGGAGAAAUUUUUAACCAUGGUACUUACUCUUUGUAA